UAUCAUUUCAGAGACUUUUAUUUUUACUUAAACAUUUUUUUCUGUUUCAGCUUUCAAAUAAUGCCUUUUCCUAUAAAAGGUAUGACAAACAAACCCUUAAUAAGGCAUAAUGACUUUAACGGGGAUUUUCGAUGACUCCAUAACAACUGAUAACAUCGAAAGAUCGAUCAACUUGGACUCGCUAUAUUGUUCUCAUCUUUGGAAGAAUAGCAACUUACGUACUGCAAUUAUUUCCACACCGGCUAAGGAUAGAAAUGUUAUAACAUACUGUUACACAUGUAAAGGCAAAAUAAGAAAAUAUGAAUUGAAAUCACCAAGAAACUUCACGCCUCAUAAUCAUUCCACUCCUAACAAAGACAUAACAAUAGAAAAAGAUGAAACGUUUGUAAACGAGCGACAAGAUGAAACAAACUUAAGCCAACCAGUUUGUUCGUACAACAAUAACAUUUCAAGAGACAGAGAGUCAGGCCACACAAAUGUGGAAAAUAAACUACGCAUUCCUUCCAUUUCUCAACAUAUUGAUUCCAGCUUUAGGCAAAAGUUUACUUCCUAUGAAAUGGCUUCUACUGACGCAAAUCGACAUAGACUGAGAAAAAGGCUACGAGGAUUUGGGUGUAUAGUUAAUUUUGCUUCAACUGAUAGUCCUGUAAAAAAGAGAACUCAAAUACAAGCCUGCUCAAUAAGUGUGAUGAUUGUAGCUAUUGUAAUUAUAAGUUUUAUUUUGGUCAAUUUUACUAAUCCUAAUUUAAAAGGUAUGACCAACAAGAUUAGUACAACCGUAGUGCCAACAAAAAAUAGAGAUAUCAAUGCGACAGCUUCGACUAACACUAUUGUUGAUAUGAAGCUGCCAUCAGAGUCAGAUAAUUCAAGUAAAGAAGACUAUAUUAGUUCUACUCAGCCAGCAAAUAGUUUUAGCACGGAGAAUUCUUCAUUAAUUAGUGUAAUAUCAAAAAUUCGUAAAAAUAUUAAAACAUAUCCAAAAUUUACAAGUAAAACCAACGAAAAUGAAAGGCCUAAAGAAGUCAAUAAUCGAGACCUAUCCCAAAGAUUUUGCUCGUGCCAAAAAAAUGAAAUCUGCAUGUUGGAUGAAAAUAGUGGCACUUCCGUCUGUAGAAAGUCAAUUGAUAACGAUGACCCGACAGGUUGCGGAGGGUUGUGCGCCCUUGAGACAGAAGCUUGUCAACUAGUAGAUAAAGUGCGAGGAGUGCGCGUGUGCCGCUUGUUGACGCUAGUGACGUGUUCACCAGAUGAAUGGCGAUGUCGCAAUGGGCUCUGCGUACCAGCGGAAGCUCGGUGUGAUGGUUCUAUACAAUGCUAUGACCGAUCUGAUGAAACGUACUGCGAAUGUGAUCUGACAAAACAGUUUCGCUGCGGUCACUCAAUAUCUUGUUUCUCACAUACAAAAUUAUGCGACGGAGUUAUUGAUUGCUGGGAUGGGUACGAUGAAGUGAACUGCACAACUGAAUGCCCUGCAGACCAGUUUACUUGUACUGAUGGUCAGUGCAUUUCAAGUUCAAGAUUUUGUGAUGGACUAGCUGAUUGCGCUGACAGUAGUGAUGAACCUGAUGGAUGUGGCGGCAAUUGUGGUGCUCAUGAAAUUCGUUGUAAGAAUCACCGCUGCGUACCGCGCGCCGUUCAAUGCGAUGGUACGGACAAUUGUGGAGACCUCACUGAUGAAAUACAUUGUCCGACAUAA